CGCCUCGCUCUGCCAGGGUACGGCAGGGUGGUGAUCUCUCGCGCUGGGGGAAGAACGGACCGGAGGCACGGGAGAGGAAUCGGUGGCUCCAGCGGAGGACGGGCGGUCGAUUUUUGGUUGAACACGUUCGGAAGCGAGGACAGCCGAGGACUCCCGAGGAGGGCCGAUGUGUCUCCGGAAGAGAAGCGCGCGGCGCCGUCCAGAGCUGCUCAGCGCGAGGAUAGAAGGAGAGGUCCAGGCAUCAAGAAGAGAUGACAUGCAUGCUUCCAGCCUGCUGCUAAUCUGACGACUCACACACUAACCGACCGGCCAUGAUGGACACACUGUAUACAGGCCCGGAGCCGGCCGAGCUAGGUGGAGGUAUGGGGGGGGGCUGCAGUGACCCCCUGACCCUCGGCACGGUGGGCGGGAGGGAAGCCGCCACUACCCACAAUCCUCAGCGGCCAAGUGCCUGCUGCUUCUGCUGGUGCUGCUGUUGUAGCUGCUCCUGUGUCGCCAUCAGGAAUGAAGAGGAGAGGAGGAGGAGGAGGAGGAGGAAAUCUCAGGAAACAAAGAUGGACACCCUACCCAGCUGUGAAGAUUGCCUCCAGCCGUCUGAGGAGGAGGUCCGUCUCUGGGCCCGCUCCUUCGACAAGCUGAUGAGAAACCCCGCAGGACGGAACGUGUUCCGCGAGUUCCUCCGAACCGAGUACAGCGAGGAGAACAUGAUGUUCUGGCUGGCCUGUGAGGACCUGAAGGAGGAGGACAAUCGGAGCAGGGUGGAGGCGAAGGCUCUCUCCAUCUACGAAGACUACGUCUCCAUCCUCUCUCCCAAAGAGGUGAGCCUCGACUCGCGGGUGCGGGAGGUCAUCAACAAGAAGAUGCAGGAGCCCACGGCGCUGACCUUCGACGACGCCCAGCUGCAGAUCUACACCCUGAUGCACCGAGACUCCUACCCCCGCUUCCUGUCCUCCUCCAUCUACAGCGCCCUGAUCAACGGCGGCUCCCGCUCCUCCUCAGAGUGCUAGAGCUCCGCCUGCUCCUCCAGCUCCCCCUCCCCCUCCUCCUCCUCUCUUUACCCGUCCCAACCAUGCCCCUGUCCCCUCCUCCCUCUCCUCCCCCUCCUCUCUUUACCCGUCCCAACCAUGCUCCUGUCACCUCCUGCUCCUCCUCCUCCUCCUCCCUCUCCUCCCCCUCCACUCUUUACUUGUCCAUGUUCCUGUCUCGCUUUCUCCUCCCGCUCCUCCUCAGAGUGCUAGAGAUCCGCUUGCUCCUCCAGCUCCUCCAGCUCCUCCUCCUCCCCCCUCCUCCCUCUCCUCCCCCUCCUCUCUUUACCCGUCCCAACCAUGCUCCUGUCACCUCCUGGACCUCCUCCCCCCUUCUGUCUCCUUCCUCUCCUCCUCUCUGCUCCUCCCCCUCCUCUCGCCACCCAUCCUAACCACGUUCCUGUAUCCUCCUUUCGUCCGUCUCUCUGUUCCGUCCCUCUGUUAAAGUGGAGGAGCUAGAAACAGCCAUUUUGUGGUACAUUUUGGGAGAAUUCAGCCCCUUUACCCACAUUUCCUGGAGGAGGAGGGACUCAUGGGAGAUGGAGUUCUAACAGCGUCCUCCAGUAGCAUGCCUCAUGACUCAACUAUCGCCUCCACACCUCAACAGCCAAGGAGAUUAUUAUUUUUCCAGUCAAUCAAAGCUGGACCUGAACCCUCGCUCCACCCAGAACUGUCUGACCGACUCCUAAACCAACCCCACCUCCAGACCCCAACCCCACCUCUAAACCCCACCUCCAAACCCCAGCAACACUCCGAAACCAACCCCAACCCCCACCUCCAAACUCAACCCACACUCCUAAACCAACUACACCUCUGAGCCCAUCCACUCCAAAACCAACCCCCACCUCCAAACCCCAGUCCACACUCCAAAACCAACCCCAUCUCCAAACCCCAGCCCAACCAGAAGCAUGUUCCUCUCCUGCAGGGCGACCAGACCUGAGGACGCUGAAGGAGGAAACCACCCAGCGCCGAGAUUCACUUCCUCUCAUGUGUGCGACGGACAUUUUGUUGAGUUGUUUACAGUUUGAAACCCGGAGGGACACUGGACGAGACCAGCAGGUCAACAGAUAGGGAUCUGUCCCGGGGACGUCCCCAAGGCCAGGCCAGACCCAGGGCCCGACCCAGACCACUUCCACACCAAUUCAGGACUAAAGUUCAACGUAGGCGGCCAUUUCGGGUUGUUCUUGGUGUAUGAGCGCAGUGUGUGUUGACCUCUGUUCUCCCUUCAUCUACCUUCACCCCCCCCCCCCCCCCCCCCCCCCCCCCCCCACUCUAGCCAACACUUGGUUGGUUAUGACGGCAAACUUAAGUUCCUGCUUUUUUAGUAAGAACCGUGCACUUCCAAAAUCACUCCCCUCUCCGUCUAGCUCUCUCUCCCUCCUCCUCUCUUUCUCUCUUUCCCCCCCUCCACCAUCCAAAGCAGCUGAGAGAACGGACACAAAGACAGAAUCACAGACAGAAGUUCGGUUUCUAAGCGAUGAGCGAGAAGGUCAUCCGAUAUUUUUUUUCUUCGGACCAGUUCCUGCAGAAGAAGAAUCGACAAAAACAAUCGUAAAAACAUUGUUUUGAACAUGUGACCGCCCCACCCAACCCUCGAUGCAAUGCAAGACACACUGCAAUAAAACCACUGGAUAUGUACACACACACACACACACACACCACACACAACAACUCACACAAACACACACACAACAACUCACACACACACACACACACACACACACACACACACACACACACACACACACACACACACAACACACACACACAGAGUGACACAUCCUUGUGAGGACCUGUGUUGUUGUUGUUGUUGUGGACGGUUAGCCUCUAGCUGUUAUGAGACACAACGGCUGACUAAAACAAAACGUCUUCAUUACCCUCCCCUCCAAGCUAAUGUUAGCAUCUAGUGUUAUGAAGAGCGCAGUCCAAAAAGGUUAGGUUAGCAUUUGGAGUUAUGAAGAGCACGGUCAAACAAGCUAGCGUUAGCAUCUAGGGUUAUGAAGAGCGCAGUCCAACAAGCUAACAUUAGCAUCUAGAGAUGAAGAGCGCAAUCCAACAAGCUAAUGUUAGCAUUUGGAAUUAUGAAGGGCGCCCUCCAACGAGCUAACAUUAGCAUUUGGAGUUAUGAAGAGCACGGUCCAACAGGCUAACUUUAGCAUCUAGAACUAUGAAGAGCGUGGUCCAACAAGCUAACGUUAAUCUAAAGCUAUGAUGAGUGCGGUCCAACAAGCUAAUGUUAGCAUCUAGAGCUAUGACGAGCUUGGUCCAACAAGCUUACGUUAGCCUCUAGAGUUAUGGUCCAACAAGCUAACGUUAGCAUCUAGAAUGAAGAGCGACAAGCCAAUUAAUCGUUAACUUCAUCACCAGUCAUUCAGAUCAUUUAAAUCGAUUCCUCUCAUGUCAAAGAACACUUUGAUUUGUUGUGAAGGACAGAAAAUGAAACUCUUUCAAAAUGUCUGCCAAACUCUGCCAUCACUAAGAGGGUCUCACCUGGUCUGGAUGAGUGACAGGUCUCUGAGCCAAUGAAACGGGCUCAUCACCCCUCAGAGCCCACCCCAGAGAACCCACUUCACCGUCCUCACUGGGAACACACACACACACACACACACACCAGGCCGGCCUUCUGGGGACCGUUGCUGUUGCUGCUGACCUCUGCGACCUCUCACCUCCGACCUCACCACUGUCUUGCUCGUGAUUGGCCGUCGGCUCCCUGGCUGAGCAGCGGUUGGUCGAUUCAGGGAGGUGGGCGGGAGGGAACCCCAGGUUCAAAAAGAGAAGAAACUAUGGAGCUACAUGAUAUAGUAUGUAUAGAUCUAUAGAGUACAGAAGAGAGAGGAUGUUACACCCAGACAAGCGGAGAAAACAUCUAUCUUAGUAUUGUUCAUGUUAUUUAUUUUGUAUUUGGUUCAAACUGUGAUUUUAAUUGUACAUAUAUAAACAGAAACGCAGGAAACAUCC